GUCCUGCGUAACCUGGUCAAUUCAAGUUGUGAUCAGCCAAUUGGCUACCCAAUUUUUGUCAGCCCGCUGACCACCAGCUUUGUCGGCUGUCACGCCCAACUUGCUACAUCCACAGGUUUCCCCGUAGAGCUCAGUCCUUCUGGCCUUCGCGAAACCUCUGCACGUUACCUGAGUCAUAACAUCGCCUGUUUAAGGAAUUGGAUAUUGACUCAUUGUCGUCGACGCCAAAAUUCUACCCAACCUCAUACUCAGGACUCAUUGCAGCAGAAUUAUUCUAAAUGCCAUCGUCGCCAAGUUUUAUAUAGGCAAUGCUCAAUGCGCAAAGGGCACGAUCUACAUCAUCAGAAACAUCCUUGGGGACGCAGUCCUCCACAUCGAUAUAAUCACUUCUCUCCUCUGCUACAAUUCCCCAUACAUACUGAAGGCAGUCGUGACAAGUCUCGCACCCCAAAUGACAUUGCGGUUGGAUGUCAUUCUAACCAGACUAGCCACCAGCUGCUGGAUGAGGUCCAGUCAAGCCGAACUGGACACAAGCAAAGGCGAAGCCAUAUUCCGAACGGACAGCCCAAGGGGCUGAUUAUCUGCCGACGGAGCCAUGAAUCCCGACAACAUGAAUGCUAUCCCCAACUUGAGAAUCUCUUACAGUCAUUGACCUCGAGCCAAAACGAUACUUUUCAUUGGCCGAGGCGUCAAGGUCAUCUGCCGAGACGACAUCUAAAUAGGAACCAUAGGCUGCAUCACCACCUAGCACGUCAACAAAGCGACUUUCAUCACGAACCCAUUCCGGCCUUAUUGACAAGUGAAUCUCCAACCCGAAAUUCUAGAGUAAACCUAUCACAUCAAAAUGUCAAUGAAGUGAUUGAUUUGCGCCGUCCAGGUAAUAGGGUUGUCACUCACUGUGCCUCAGCAACACCUAUUGCCUCUCCCCUUCGCAAUAGUUCGCCGACUGCCAAAUGCAUUGCCGACUCAUGCCGAACAACUGGCCAGAGUAUCGGUCCCGGUAACGAUACUUACAAACCAUCAGAUGAAUGCCCUGAGUUAUCCGGGUCUCCACCUUGGCAAUUGGUCAGACAACCGCCCGUUUGUGUAGAUGGCCUGGCUGAUGGAGACAUCGCAAAGACUGCAGCGUGGCGAUCAGGUAAAUGUGCCACCACGGUUGACAUGCGCUCCUGCUCUUGUCUCCUUUUCUUUCAUUCCGAUAGUGAUGUUCUCUCGGCUAGGUCAUUUGAUUUUUGCUGUUAA